AUGAGUACCCGGCCAAGCCCCGCUCCGUUUAAGCGAUCGAUCGACGGAUUGUUCAACGUGUGGCUCAACCUGCGGAACCAAGGGCACGAGAAACCGCUCCGGAACGCACUGUACAAUGUGCUAGUGGUCGGUGUGAUUGCGGUCAUCGUCGGUGUAACGCUUGUGCUGGCGCCCUUCUUUAAGCCGCUGCUGUGGGCAUUUCUGUUCGGGGCGGUACUGUUUCCGGCCAAAAAACACCUUUCCGCUUCGCUCAAGCGUUGGAUCGAACGGAUCGAGAAGGAUGACAAGUACCUGUUGCUUGGUGUGGUAAGCGCACCGCUGUGCUGGGUUGAUUCGCUGGGCGAGUUUCUUACCAGCUGGCUGAAGGACCAUCUGAAGAUAAUAACGGGACUGGUCGGUGGGCUGGUUACGUUGCGUUUCAUAUUGUGGUUAACGCCCAGCGAGGUGUUUUUCUCCAUAUGGAAUUUUAUCGUGUGGAUACACUCACUGUUUCGAACGCUUCUGGGGUCGCUCUCGCUGCAAAUGGUGGUCGUCAUAUUGCUGGUAUACGUCGUAAGCGUAUACUUCCUCUGGACACCGGAUUAUUCCCUGCCGUUUCUGGUGAUUGGACAGUUUCUGUGGAUGGUUAUCGUUGGGUAUGGUAGCAGCUUUCUCGGAGCACUGCAGGUGCCCGUAUUUCUUGGCCUACUGCUGUACGGACUGGUUGGGUUAAUAUACAACCUGCAGAAGGAUGAACGUAACGUGCGCUUCAUCGACAAGUGGCAUAGCCUGCUAGAUGUGACGAGCUACCGGCUGGAGGAUUCUGUCGUCGCUACAAGUUCCACUCACUUAGAAGCGUCCCGAAUCGAGGAGAUUAAAUCAAAGCUACGGUUAGACGUUACGGCAACGCCACAGCUUUCCAGCACGAUGAACGAUCAAACCGGCCACGGAAGCAGUACUUAUCCACCUAGUAUGCUCACCAACGUGGAAUCGCUUGAAAGUGACACAUACUUCCGGCUCCUGUUUUACGCUUGCGGGGCCACACUUGUUUGGAUGCAUACUUGGUUGCUGUUUCUCGGUUGCAUUCCCAUCUGUUUGCACAUCGUGCGAAAAUCGGCCGAAUUUCUGGGCAUUGUAGCGUACGUAUCGCAACAGUCGCACCUCCACUGGCAAGCACUCAAGCAGUGGCUUUUCCCGCGACAUGCCGCACUGCUUCCGCUGUGUUUACCCGGCAUAUUGCGGCUGAACAGCAACAUUCAUCGGUACGCGUGUGCUAAGCUGCGAUCGUACAUCGAUGACAUCACGUCGAUCGUAAUGAUAGGCUUCCUGAUCGUGCUCGUGAUGCUCAUCAGUGUGUUUGCUUUCGCGCAAAUCUACUCGGAAGCGAUUGCCGUCGCACAGCUUGGAUCGAAUCUCGUCAACCGCACACUGAUACACCGACCGGAACUGAUUGAAAUGUUACCAAUUGAUAUGCAAUCGAUGGAUAAUAUUAUCGACAACGCGUACAAGUACGGCCGCUCUCACAUCGAGCAGUAUGUGGACGGUAUCUUCAAUGAUACCGAUCCGACCCAGGCGAUCAAGCUGAAGAUGCAGAUCUUGAGCGUGUGGGAUCGGUUAAUACAAAGCUGGAUGGAUCGUAGCAAUGGCGAUGGAAUGGUUGGACCACGUGUGCCUGCUCAGGCAAUACGCAUGACGAUUGAUGAAAUUUUUAUAAACCCAAUUACGAAAGCAGGUCUGAUUGGCUUCAUAAAGAGCAACUUCGGCAUGCUUUGGGAGGUGGCCGAUUCGCUGUGGAUGCUUUUAAGAACUAACCUAACACUGCUGCUGUCCGCCGUUGGUACGCUUGUGUCAGCCAUCCUUGGUGGUGGUCAUGCGGUUUUGAAAUUUUUAUUCCACACUAUCAUUUUCUUUACGACACUGUUUUAUCUGCUACAAAGCAGUCAAGAUCGAUACGCACCGACGGCUAUUAGCAUCAACAAUUCAUGGGGACCCCGCAUCAUACAGGCGCUGGAAGAUUCCAUAUCAAGCGUGGUUGUGGCCACGCUCAAGCUAGCCCUCUUUCAUGGGCUCUUCACCUGGCUGACGCACACCGUGUUCGGGGCGCACAUCGUUUAUCUGCCGGCUGUGCUGGCAUCGGUGUUGGCGGCUGCCCCCUUUCUGGAGACGUACUGGUGCAGUGCACCGGCCUUUCUCGAUCUGUGGCUGUCGCAGGAUCGGUUUUGGCUCGGUAUCACCUUGGUGUUGAUACACUUCAUCGUCCCGUCCAACUUUAAUCCGAUCAUUCACUCGGAGAUAAAAGGCGGAGGCCAUCCGUACCUGACGGGCCUGUCAAUUGCGGGCGGAAUGUAUUUAUUCGGCCUGGAAGGUGCAUUGCUAGGGCCGCUGUUACUUUGUUUGCUGGUCGUUUUGUUUGAAGUUACCAUUAGCGCUAUCCGAGAUAGUCCGGCCACGCCACAAACUAGAAAAUCAAGCCUAGAUACAAACAACGACAUUUAUUCGCCCGCGACGACCAACAACUUCCGGUACGCCACAUUCCAGGAGCAGAUGGCCGUGGACGGACCGGCGAACGGCCGUGCUGCAGUGCCGGUGGGAUCGAGCGCGACCACGAUCACCGGAAGUGAUGCCAAUGUACCGACCGCGGGUCAACUUCCCUCCAAUGGUGCAUCUUAA